UAUCAAUAAACUCGUAGAAGCUUUACAUUGUUUGCCGAUCGGCGAAGAAGCUCGAGCAGUAAAUCAACGUUUUACAUCGUCGAAGGUAAGAAAUAUUUCAUUUUUAGUUUCUUUUUUUUCAAUUUUGAUUAUAAAAUCAAGGGGUAUAAAACAAAUAGAAAAACGUAUUUGUAAUUCCAAAUUCGUUUGAAAUGAAGUUUUAUUCAAAAUGAAUUUUUAUUCACAAAUGACGAAUGACAAAACUGAAGUUUGUUUUAAAAACAAGUGUAAUGGCAAUCGAUAGUGAGGAAUCGAAAUAGUUAUGAUAAUAUUGAAGGAAACAGAAAAAGAUCGGUAUUACAUCCACGGUUCCUAGUAAGCAUCAAUUUUAAAGGUAUAUAAAAUAAAAAUGAGUGAAUAUUCUAGAAACUAAAGUGACAAGAAUCAGCUAAAAGUGACAAGAAAAUGGAAAUUUGUAUAAAGAAGCGAAGAAAAUGGAAAAUAAUUCUUUGCAUUUUAUAAACAUCAAUGGCUAUUCCAUAUACCGACUUUUUAGGACGACGAUGACGAAAAAAUAAAAUAAAACAAACAAACGAUAUAUCGUGAACGUAGAAACGAUUGUUCGAACCAAACGAUAAAAACAGCAAAAAUGAUUCUUGACAUCGUCUCUACGUCUGUCCCCAGGCGGGCGACACGUGCACCAGCAAGUUAAGAUCGAUGAUGACACGAAUCCUAGAUGAAAUGGCCCACAACAACACGAUGCGACGAGUCCGUCAGAAAAAUGAUAUCCUAAAUGAGAUGACAGAGUGGUUACUUCGACCGAUAGAUCCGUACGCGAACACGACAACGUUCUCCACUUCUUCGAAGAGAAAAGAAAAAAAACUUAUGAAAAAGUCGAUAUCCAAGCGAUGUCAUAAGAAAAAAGUUCAGACGUUAGCCAUCGUGGCGCCAAUUGUAAAGAUCACACCUUUCAAAAAAGCUGAAGAUAGAUUUUUCACUUUACAUUUGAUGAACGAAAAAAAGUUGAACAUUCAUAUGGAUAAAUGUAUGAAGAGAAAUAACGAUAAAAAACAACGAAAGGACGAAGAACCUGUAUAUAAAACAAAUGUAAAGAACAAAUUGAAGGAUUGGACUGUGCCAGCAACGUUCACCAAUAGAAAGUCUAGGCUAUUAUAUGAAUUUAGUAAAGCAAAUGAUAAGGCUAGAUCUUCUUGGUUUCUCUCGAAAGAUGGCGGAAAUAUACAAAAUGAUGACUCUAUAAAAUUGAAACAUUUUAUUGCAGUCAAUGCAAAAACUAAGCCAAGAUUUUAUGACAUUAUCAAGAAUGAUAAAAAAUGUAAUACGAAUUUUAAGAGAAUUAAUAUAGAAGAUGAGAAAAUGAUUAAUUUGAAAAGUAAGUCUAUAUCAGAGAUAGUACCUUUAAAUCAGGUAAUUCUAUCAAUGGAGAAUCUGAAGGAUCUUUCUGGAACAUUUAUCGGUGAUUUCUAUACGAGGAAAGAAAAGUGUGAGUUUCAAAAAGAAUCUCUAGAACGUUCUUCGAUGGAAGAUCAGAUGAUUAUCAAGAACGUAGACCAUUUUUCUAAUGAAAAUGAAAAAUCAUCAUCGGUUUUUCUAAGCAAUGAGACAGAAAAUAAUUUCUGCAAGAAAUUACAACCCGUGGAAAGAGUGUCCUCUGCCGUAAGAUCUCUUUUGGAGAAUGUGAGGAAAAUGAAGAUAAUAAAAAAACAAUCAAAUUCAAGUUCAAGCGUUAAUUCGUAUCAUUUGGACGAUUUCUUCAAGCUGCGCUCGUCAUCAGCUGAUUUGACUACGAAUUUAUCCUUGGAUGUAAACGAAGAAGUAUUAAAUGAUUGCUUAGAAAGGAACUUAUAUUCGUUCUUCAAUAAAACUCCAAAGGAUCCAUGUACAUGUCUCAAGGAAAACCAAGGAUGUCGUGAUAAACAUGAUCCAUGUAAGAAAGAUCCCUGUGCCAAGCCAGAUCCAUGUAAGAAAGAUCCCUGUGCCAAACCAGAUCCCUGUGCCAAACCAGAUCCCUGUGCCAAACCAGAUCCAUGUAAGAAACCAGAUCCAUGUAAGAAACCAGAUCCAUGUAAGAAGCCAGAUCCAUGUAAGAAGCCAGAUCCCUGUGCCAAGCCAGAUCCAUGUAAGAAAGAUCCCUGUGCCAAGCCAGAUCCAUGUAAGAAACCAGAUCCAUGUAAGAAACCAGAUCCAUGUAAGAAACCAGAUCCAUGUAAGAAACCAGAUCCAUGUAAGAAGCCAGAUCCAUGUAAAAAGCCAGAUCCAUGUAAGAAACCAGAUCCAUGUAAGAAACCAGAUCCAUGUAAGAAACCAGAUCCAUGUAAGAAGCCAGAUCCAUGUAAGAAACCAGAUCCAUGUAAGAAGCCAGAUCCAUGUAAGAAGCCAGAUCCAUGUAAGAAGCCAGAUCCUUGUCCCAAGCCUGAUCCAUGUAAAAAGAAAAAGACUUGUGCCACAUCAGAUCCUCGUCCCAAACGUAAUUCUUGCAUAUCAAAAAAAAUAGAAUGUCCAGAAAUGAAAAAGACUGAUGAUACUUGUGUACAGAAACAAUGUCCUCCAGUUAUUAGAGCACCUGGAUGUCCAGAUGAUACUAAAGGCGGCGAAAAAAAAUGCAAAACGCCUUCAAUUUAUUAUUUUAAGGAUGAGUUUUUAUACGAGAAGAUGUUUAAGAAGAAAUAUUUGAAGUUUCUUUUCCCCGAUAAAAAUGUGUUAACAGAAGAAGUAGAUAUUACAAAAAAAUCGAAUAUUAAACGAAUAGAAACGAAUAUGGAAUUACCAAAAUUGUAUAAUUUUGACACUUUCGGUAUAAAUUAUAACAUAGAAGAUUAAUUCCUGAUAUUCAAUAAUAUUAAUUAAACCAAAUCUUAUGAACUUCAUCUAUGUCAAAAUAUGUAUCUUGUGAAAAAUUUAUUUAAAUAUAGAAAUACAUACGUAAGUACAAACUAUUUUUUUAUUUAUAUGAUUUCAGCUACAAUCAAACACAAGAAGUAUGAAUAUUAAAUAUGAGGAGCCGAAGUAUGUUGAAAUCUUACAUCUCGAAGGCCUCUCUCUCUUUCUACCAUAAGGUCAAAUGGAUUUAAUAUUUUAAUAAAUCAAUCGAUAAUCAAAACGUCGCUGUGACUCCACCUCCCUUCUGCCUCUUUCUUGAUAUGAUGUUGGGCGGGUUAAAAUACACAAAAAGCGUAGAAAUAAGAUCACAAUCGCAAUGCAUAAAUAUAAUUAAAAAAAAAAAAAAAAAAAAAAAAAAAAAAAGAAAAAAAAAUAGAGAAAAGAAAGAGAUAAUUGAUCGGUAAGAACAGCUUUUGGCCUGUCAUUCAGGAACGAGCGAAUUCUUUAACGAUUGCGAGUCACCAAAUUCGAUGCUCAUCAUCUA